AAUGGAGCCUCUCCAAGCGACUAUCCCUGGCUCUUGCUUGGACGAGAAACUGCGAUAUACUGCUGCGAAAGACACCGGUUUUUCACAGCCCGUCUCAAGGAACCUGACAAGGGCAACUACGUCGUCUCCGACCUUGCUUGCCAGCUAGCACUUGCCGCGAACCAACCAGGUGUGAACGACAUCAUAUGCAUGCUACUGAAGAGCGGCUUUUCCCAGGCAUGUACUCGCAAAGACCCUCAUGCAGUCACUUGACCAAGGAUCUCGAUGGGCCAACUGGCAGCGGCCGUCCACUUCUGCGACGCACACUACGCCCCAACACAUCGAGUCGCGCUCUCGCUGCGCGCCAUGCCGCAUUUCAAGCACUCUCCUGUUGACCUAACGUAACAGGUAGGCAAUCUUGAUUGUGAGUUUGACGCUUAUACCAAAGCUCGCGCCCUGUCGUACAUCGAGAGCCCGCUCACACAGUAGUUUUCGCGGUACGUGUCGUUGGACUUGACUAUAUGCUCACCUGGGAUCAGCCUCGCGAGCUUCAGAACCGUCGCCGUCGACUCAGUACUGGCCUAGGUUUCCUGCCAUGAUGGGAUAACUGAGUCCAUGCUUUACCCUGCCUUCGUCAUCGACAAAGCCAAUGGCUGCGUCUACGUCCUAUCCCUGAUGCAAGUCCGGGUCGGUGCUUUCAAAUACAUACGCGCUCACGACGGCAACUGCGGGGCUGACCAGAGGCCUGCGCAUGACCUUCCGGACGUGCGGGGGCAGUGGAUCGGCGCCAGGGAGGGGUGGGCGCAGGGGAGAGCAAGUGAUUCAGGCAGGAGGGUGGCUAUACACGAGAAGUGCGUGAGGCAGAAGAGGAUGGGUGGGAUAUGGGAACAGACCUUAAAGGACAACGAUAGUGCGAGGCUCAUUCGGCGUUGGUACACUCCAAUACGUCAGCGCUAUGUCCUGCAUUAGUUCAAGGCAGUACGUGAUUCAAAC